AGAGAGAGAGAGAGACACACACUCAUUUUGAGGCGUAGGGCUUUUGACUCUCUCUCUAGCUCCUAACAGUGGCCACUCUACACAGUCCACACCUUCUUCUCACGGAGAGAAGACAUAGAGUUUUCGAUCGGCGCCAGAUCCUCCGCCGCAUCUUUCUCCUCCUCACUUAUCUCCGGUGUGCAGAAAUGAUGGAAUCGGGCGCUGGCUUCGCGGCGAUGGAAGAGAGGAUCCUUCCUGGAAGCUUCUUCCAGUUUCCUCUUCCAGGAUUCAGUGCUUCUCCCAAUCGAUCCCCUUGCCCUCCUCCUCCUCCUCCUCCCACUGGUCGUGAGAGGUACUUGGCUGAAUUGUUGCAAGAGAGGCAAAAGUUGGCUCCUUUCUCACAACUUAUGCCACAUUGCUGCAUACUUCUAAAUCAAGAAAUUCGAAAGAUCUCCAGUUUAUCCGAAUUUGAUAGAUAUGAGCAUGGCAGUCCAUUUAGAUCGCCUUGUCUGCCUCCUACAAGUGGAAAGCUUGAUUUUGACGGAUGGUCAAUGAUGCAAGCUGAGGAGAGUUUUCAUCACCAGAGAGCUUCCCCAUUUCGUGCUCCUCCUGCUCCAGUGGGCUGGGUUGGGAUGCCAGGGCUACAUUCUCCACCCAUUGUUAAAAAAGUGAUUAGGCUUGAUGUGCCUGUUGAUAAAUUUCCGACCUAUAAUUUUGUUGGGCGGAUUCUUGGGCCACGUGGGAACUCUCUAAAAAGAGUUGAGCAUGCAACACAGUGUAGGGUGUUUAUUAGAGGACGAGGAUCUGUCAAGGAUACUGUUAAGGAGGAGAAGCUCAAAGGUAAGCAAGGUUACGAGCAUCUCAGCGAGCCACUACAUUUACUAAUCGAAGCCGAGCUUCCAGAGGACAUUAUAAACUCUAGAUUGGAGCAUGCAGUGCAUUUCCUGGAGUCGCUCCUAAAGCCAAUGGACGAAUCAAUGGACCACUACAAGAGGGAACAGCUGAAGGAGUUAGCGGCUAUUAAUGGUACGCUGAGGGAAGAGAGUCCAAGUCCAAGCUUGAGCCCUUGUCUGAGUCCAAGCAUGUCCCCUUUCAACAGCAAGCGUGCCAAGACUGGACAAUAAAGAUUUCUACACGAGAGAUGAGAAACCAUGGCAUGGUCGUGUGGACAGAGCAAAUCCUCUGUCACUAUCUAUCUGCGAGGUGAUAAUGUUCUAACGUUUGAUGAGACACUUCAAUUAAUUUUUUUUGGUCAUUAAGUUUAUUCUUUAUUUUUGAAACUUUUUGUUGGCUAGCCGAGAUUACCAUUAACCAGGGGGUAAUAAUCUUAAUAAUGGUGUUUAUGA